GUUAGUUUUUAAUUAAAUUUAAAGCAUUUUUUUUUAUUCCAUGUUGUUUCUUUUCUUAUGAGAUGCAUUAAAAACUCCUCCUGGUCCAAAAUCCUGUUGAAUGUUUGCUCUCGUUGUGGCUUACAAGUCAAAGGUUUUACCCACCUGUGUUCUAGAAUGUCCCAGUACAUUUGUAGAUUGAUUACAUUUCUAAAGAAACAGCUGUGAUCGUGUCAAGCAAACAAAUGUGACCAAAAGAGGAACGAAGAACACUCGUUUUCAUAUGAAGCCCAUAGUGGACACAUGGGGGCGCUGUAGGGCUGCUUCUAGGGGAAUAUAAACGCAGUAGAAACUGGUUCUACUGGGAGGACGAAGUCUGAAUUUACAGGAAUAUAUCCUGCUUGUCAUAAACACUAAUGUUUUCUUAAUCUCUGUGAUGAAAUCUGUUUAUAAUUCUGAACUUCAGAUUCUGACAUGAAGUCUUUGGAUCCGUUUAGGAUCCUGAUUGUGGUAUUCUGUUGUUUAUGUCAAUAAAUGAAGUGGAAAUAUUUCUUAUCUGGAACAGAAGUGAAAGUGUUCUGCAGAAGACUACAGUGAGUCACUGGGAUAAAGGGCAGCCUGAUGAGGAAGAAGGCGUGGCUUAACAAGGUGUUUGACCGUCAUUCAGCUGUGAGUUCCAGAGACAUCUAGACGUUAGAGUGAGUUCAGUUUCUACAGUAGCCAAGUGUUUCCAUCAUCAGAACCAUGUCUGCUGUUCUGAUCCUGUUCUGUCUGGGUCUUCUUCACGUCUGUGGAUCUUCUGAAGGUCUGAAGAACAUCUCUGCUGAACCUGGACAGAACGUCACUCUGCCAUGUAAAGCUGAAAAUAACUACACUCUCAUAGUUCUAGAAUGGACCAGAGACGGUCUUGAGAAAAAGAAGGUUUUUGUUUUCAAAGAUGGACGACCAUUUGAAGGAGCUCAGCAUGAAUUUUACAGGAACCGAGUGUUUCUGAAUGACAGUCAAACAAAGGAUGGAGAUCUGUCUGUGGUUCUGAAGAACGUGAACAGUAAUGACACUGGAACAUUCAACUGUACAGUCCUACAUAAAAAUGAUCCACCAGGAUCUCCUUUGAAUCUGAUCUCCACCAUCAAUCUGCAGGUGUUUCCUCCUCCAGGAGAGGAAGGAGGACAAGAAGGAAACAAAAAUGAAGUGAACAAUGAUGAUGGAUCACAGAAGACAGAAGGAAUGAGUGGAGGAGAUAUUGCUGGGAUUAUUGUAGGAGUUCUUGUUGCUGUUCUUGUUGUUGGUUUCUUGAUCUACAUGAAGAUAAGAGCCCAAAAUCAAACUCCCAGAGAUUCCAACGACCAACAGAAUGUUGAACUUGAUACCCUGAACCCUGAUUCUAACACAGAGAACAACUGAAUUAUGAUGAGUUCUGGUUUAUACGAACACUUCAGUAAAUCAUAACACUGAUGGAAUUAUAUAACUAUUCCUCCUUCAAACAUUUUUAAGAAAAUAUGUCAAGUCUAUUUGAGAAACUUCACAUUUUCUGGAAUCGACAGUUAUAUUCUGCAUGUGUGAGAGAUAACAUGUUUGUUUAUGGUGAACAGUGUUUAUAAUGUCUAAAGAACAGCUUCAUUUUUGAUGACCAUACAAUUUUUUUUUACAUGAAUGUGAAGCGCUUUGGGCCCUCGAAGGAGGGUAGGAAGCGCUAUACAAGUAUACAAGUAUACAAGUAUACGCCAUAACUGAUCAUCAUUUUUCUUCGGUGCCGUGUUCAGCUCUUGUUUUUACAGAACUACUACUGUUUUGCAAUAACUCUGUCAUAAUUCAAGAUUAGAGUUGAAGACAUGUGUCGGAUCCCUCCUGAACCAGAACUGGAAUCCAAUGAAUUAUGAAUGUUUUAUGGUCCUUUGUAUACUGCUGGAGUUUCACUCCAGGAGAAAACUGUGAUGUAUUUAUUUAUUUGUUUUUUAUUUUGUAUAAUUCCAGAUCUUUGAUGGCAGUUAAUUUCUCACUUCACACUUUCUAGGCGUUUCUCAGACAAAUAAACAUUUUCUAACUUU